UUUACAUUGGAACGACACUGAUCUGUUAGUUCUGCUACGUCUCAAAUUUCUUAUUUUAAUUAAAAAUAAAUUCUCUUAUAAUUAGCUUAUUUUGUUUCUACCCUCGACAAUUACUACAAUCAUCUUUAUUUGAAAGAUCAAAAGUAUUUCCCUUAUAUAUAUGAGCUAAACUACUUUAAUGUAUAGAAGUUUGUGAGAGUGAACUUCAGUAUGGGGCCGCCAAAGAAAGUAAAAAAAUAUGAUUCUAAACAAUCAAGCAGUGAUAGAUCCAGCAAGAAAAAGAAAGUGGAAGAAGACAUAACUAUAGACCUAGUAGAUGAUGACAAUCCUGACAAUGUUGGUGUGCCCGGAGCCGCUAUGCAGGAUGCAGAAAAGAAUGACCAGGUUCCGGAAGAUGAGUUCGGAGCUAAAGAUUACAGGAGUCAGAUGGCUCUCAAGCCUGACAAUGCCAGCAGACCCCUAUGGGUGGCACCAAACGGUCACAUAUUUUUGGAGGCCUUCUCACCAGUAUAUAAACAUGCACAUGACUUUCUCAUUGCCAUUGCAGAACCUGUGUGCAGGCCCCAACACAUUCAUGAAUACAAACUAACAGCAUACAGUUUGUAUGCAGCUGUCUCUGUGGGAUUACAAACGGCUGACAUCAUAGAAUACCUGCAGAGGCUCAGCAAGUGUGCUGUUCCGGCCGGCAUCAUAGAAUUCAUCACACUUUGCACAUUGUCUUAUGGAAAAGUUAAACUUGUCUUGAAGCACAACAGGUACUUAGUAGAAAGCAAACACGUGGAGGUGCUCCACAAACUGCUGCGGGACCCCGUGGUGCAGCAGUGCCGGCUGCGGCGCGACGGCGACGAGCUGCUACCCACCCCCGCCUCCGCCGCGCCAGCGGCUCUUCCUCACACUACUGUUGGUGAAGACAAGCCGGCGGCGAACGGAGUGCCCGACGACAUCAGUCAGUUUUAUCAACAACUAGACAAAGACGACGAAGAGGACGAGGCGACAGACCUCACCGCCAACACCGCCGUCGCCUUCGAAGUCGACCCCGACAAGAUUGAGGUAAUCCAAAAGCGUUGCAUAGAGCUCGAGCAUCCGCUGCUAGCAGAGUACGAUUUCCGAAACGACUCAGUAAAUCCGGACAUCAACAUUGACCUCAAGCCGACGGCGGUCCGGCCCUACCAGGAGAAAAGUCUGAGGAAAAUGUUCGGCAACGGACGAGCGAGGUCUGGUGUAAUAGUGCUGCCGUGCGGCGCGGGCAAGUCGCUAGUGGGCGUCACGGCGGUGUGCACGGUGCGCAAACGAGCGCUCGUUCUGUGCAACUCUGGAGUAUCUGUUGAACAGUGGAAGCAGCAGUUCAAGUGCUGGUCGACGGCGGACGACAGCAUGAUCUGCAGAUUCACGUCAGAAGCCAAAGACAAGCCGAUGGGUGCGGGCAUCCUGAUCACUACGUACUCUAUGAUCACGCACGGGCAGCGGCGCUCGUGGGAGGCGGAGCAGACCAUGAAGUGGCUGCAGGCGCAGGAGUGGGGGCUGGUCGUGCUGGACGAGGUUCACACCAUCCCUGCAAAAAUGUUCCGACGAGUUCUCACCAUCGUACAUUCGCACGCUAAACUCGGUUUAACGGCUACGCUUCUUCGAGAAGACGACAAGAUCGCCGACUUGAACUUCCUAAUCGGGCCAAAGCUCUACGAAGCGAACUGGCUCGAGCUGCAAGCCAACGGGUACAUCGCUCGAGUACAGUGCGCCGAGGUGUGGUGCCCCAUGACGCCAGAGUUCUACCGCGAGUACCUCAUACAGAAAAUAAACAAAAAGAUGCUGCUAUACGUAAUGAACCCGUCCAAAUUCCGUGCCUGCCAGUUCCUCAUCCGCUACCACGAGAAGCGCGGGGACAAAACCAUCGUAUUCUCCGACAACGUAUUCGCGCUCCGACACUACGCUGUAAAAAUGAACAAGCCAUACAUUUACGGACCUACGUCGCAAAGCGAGAGAAUACAGAUCCUGCAGAAUUUCAAGUUUAACCCGAAAGUGAACACGAUAUUUGUGAGCAAAGUGGCUGAUACAAGCUUUGAUUUGCCGGAGGCUAAUGUGCUGAUUCAGAUUUCGUCGCACGGCGGGUCCAGACGACAGGAAGCGCAGCGAUUAGGUCGUAUUUUAAGAGCAAAGAAAGGGGCCAUAGCAGAGGAAUACAACGCGUUCUUCUACACGCUGGUCUCACAGGACACCUUGGAAAUGGCAUACAGCCGCAAAAGACAGCGGUUCCUCGUCAACCAGGGUUACAGUUACAAGGUAAUCACGGAAUUGAAAGGCAUGGACACGGAACCAGAUCUGUAUUAUGGCACACGAGAGGAGCAAGGGCUAUUAUUACAGCAGGUGCUGGCCGCGUCGGAGACGGAGUGCGAGGAGGAGCGCGAGGGCGCGGUGGGCGGCGCGCGGCGCGCGGGCGGCUCGCUGGCGUCGCUGGCGGGCGCGGACGACGCGCUCUACCUGGAGCGCCGCAACGCCGCCAACAAGCAUCCGCUCUUCAAGAAGUUCCGGUGCUAGGUUCCUGAGAAAAGUUUUCAGCCAAAAUAAAAUUAUUUGAAUAA